AUGAAAGAAAAGAGCCAGCUUACACGCCUUGCAGUUGUGCUGCCAGACAAGUGCAAGCCCAAACUGUGCCAGCUAGAGUGCAAGAAGGCAUGCCCGGUCAACCGCCAGGGAAAGCCCUGCAUAACUGUGGACAAAACCACAAAAACAGCAGAAAUAUCAGAAAUACUGUGCAUAGGGUGCAGUGCAUGCCAGAAAAAGUGUCCAUUUGAUGCAAUCCGAAUAAUAAAUCUGCCAACCAGCCUAUCAAAAGACGUAGUGCACAGGUACUCGCCAAACGGGUUCAAGCUGCACCGGCUGCCUGUUCCAAGGCCGAACAAAGUGCUGGGCCUGAUCGGCACGAACGGAAUUGGAAAAAGCACUGCGCUGGGCAUACUGUCUGGGGACACGACUCCAAACAUGAACGACUUUGCAGCAAAGCCCGACUGGAACAAGCUCCUGGUGCGGUACAGAGGCUCUGAGCUGCACAAGUACUUUACCAGGCUGCUGAGCGAGGAGAUGAAAAUAUCGUACAAGACGCAGUACGUGGACAAAAUACCGCGGAGUCUGGGCGACGAAACAGUCGGAGAAGUUCUCCCAAAUGUGGACGAAAACACAGGCCGGCUGUACAAAGAGCUGGAGCUGCUGAAGCUUUCGGAAAGAAGGGUGAAGGACCUGAGCGGGGGAGAGCUGCAGCGGUUUGCAAUUGCGCAGGCCAUGGCGAGAGACGCCGACGUGUACAUUUUUGACGAGCCGUCCUCGUACCUUGACGUUCGGCAGCGAAUAAAGGUGGCAACGCUGAUAAAGAGCCUUUGCGCAGACAGAAAGUACGUUAUUGUGGUUGAGCACGACCUGUCUGUGCUGGACUUGAUGAGCGACUACGGCUGUGUCCUGUACGGGUCUCCGGGGGCGUACGGGGUGAUAUCGCAGCCGUUUGUCAUCCGCGAGGCCAUAAACAUCUUUUUGAACGGAGUUCUGCCAACAGAAAACAUGCGGUUUAGAAAGGAGGGGCUGAGCUUCAGAAUAGCAGAAAGUGCUGGAGGCGCGGAAACUGUGUGCGAGGGGAGCCUGGGGCUGGUCAACUACCCCGCCAUGAGCAAGUCGUGGGGAAGCGGAUUUGAGCUGCGGGCAGAGGCCGGCGCGUUCACAACGCCCGAAAUCAUUGUCCUUCUCGGAGAGAACGGGAUGGGAAAGACCACGUUCAUAAAAAUGCUUUCUGGCGAGGUGAAGCCAGACAACGGAAAGGAGGCCCCGAAGUUGACCAUAAGCAUAAAGCCCCAGAAGCUGUCCCCGAAGUACGAGGACACGGUUCGCAGCCUGUUUUUGAUCAAGGCAAAGCAUGCUCUUGUGGACUCUCUGUUUACGGUGGAGGUGAUGAACCCGCUGGAAAUCAAGAACCUCUUUGACAAGAAGGUGAAAGAGCUAAGCGGGGGAGAGCUGCAGAGAGUAGCCAUUGCCCUGUGUCUGUCCAAGCCUGCAGACCUCUACCUGAUCGACGAGCCCUCAGCGUACCUCGACUCCGACCAAAGAAUCAUCGUUUCAAAGGUGCUUAAAAGAUUCAUAACCAGCCAGAAGAGGUCGGCCUUUGUGGUUGAGCACGACAUGAUUAUGGCAACAUACGUGGCAGACCGCAUGAUGGUGUUUGAGGGCCAGCCUGGAGUGAAGUGCACAGUGAGCGCGCCAGGCGGCGUGGUGGACGGCAUGAACAAGUUCCUGAAGUCCCUUGACGUCACCUUUAGAAGAGACGCAGAGAACUUCAGGCCCCGAAUAAACAUGCCAAACUCUGCAAAGGACCGAGAGCAGAGGGAAAGCGGAAACUACUUUUUCAACAGCGAAUAG